AGAAGUCAGAGGAAGGCAGAAGUGUCACUUACAGUGUGGAUUUAACUUCAGCACUUCAUUUGACGUUGAAGUUGGUUUCCACAUCCAGACAUGCAGACCGGGAAUACAAGUUUGUCAUUCUCACUGAUUUGCCUUUGGCUUGUGAUUUCAGGAGCUCUGGUAAAAGCAGUGGACAACAUGGAGGGAAAUGGAACAGCUUCAUGGAGAACCAUCCAUCAGUCCCACUCUCUGUGUGCUGGUGAACAGGAGUAUGUUGACCAGAGAAAGAGAGUAGUUCUGGAGUCACUCAACAGCCUGGAAAUCAACUGUACUGCAGAUUCCGUUCCCCACAUCGCUCUGCUGGCAUCAGGUGGGGGUCAGAGGGCGGCCGUGGGCCUGGUGGGUUCCCUCUAUCAGAUGGAAAAGGACGGUCUGCUGGACACUCUGCUCUACCUGGGAGGAGUUUCAGGUUCAACAUGGGCCAUGGCCUCCCUGUACAAUGACUCACAGUGGAGCACCGACUUGGACAGUGCAGUGGCCAGGUUGUCAGGGCCUGGGGUCAACCUGGAGCAGGCUCUGGCUUGGCUGAGCGAGAGGGCAGAGGAGGAGUUCUUCUCUCUCACCGAUGUCUGGGGGGUCUUAACCUCUGCUGGGAUCAUGAAUCAGAUGGACUUACGACAUCUUUCAGAUGAGAGCAGUAGGAAUGCCACCAACCCUUAUCCCAUUUACAAUGCCUUAGAGAAGCACUGCUUUUCAACUGGCCCUAUAGAAGGGAAAUGGUUUGAGGUGACCCCUCACGAGGCUGGAUUCACAGAGAUGGAUCUCUUUGUUGAAACAUCUCUCCUGGGCAGCAAAUUCCAGAGCGGAGAGCUGCUGGAGAAGAAGCCAGAGAUGGACAUGGUCAAACUGCAAGGUUUUCUAGGUUGUGCAUUGGCUCAUGAGGAUACCAUCAGAGAUGUCAUCCCUCCCUGGCUGAAUGUGCCUGAGUAUAUAGACACAGCUGCUGAAGAGUACCUGCGUAUAUACAACACCCUUGAUAAACUGGUGGUCCUGAUCAGCAGUACCAUUGAGGAUCCUACUGGUCUAUCUGACCUGAAUAAGCUGCAGCUGACACUAAAAGACAAGGUAAACCAUAAUAAGUCUGCGCUGCUGGAGUCUAAGAGUUUGGAGGAAAGAAAAAGUGUUUUUCAGGCGUGGAUUGUGGAGCUGCUGGCAGAGGUAGAGCUCUGGAGCCAAAGGCUGGAGGAUGGAGCUUUCAAAACACAUGUCGCUUUGCUUACCACGCAAGUCCUUCCCCUGAUUAUGAGAUGGGAGUGGGGAACAACCAGAAACUUCCUCUACCAAUACCAAGAUUUCACCGUACCACCUUGCCUUUACUCUCAAGAAAGCUUCCACCUGAUAGAUGCCGGGCUGUUGAUCAAUGUGCCCUACCCUCCAUUUCUGGGAGACAAGAGAGACAUCGACCUCAUCAUCGCACCGGAGUACAGCGCUGGAAACAUGUUUGAGACUCUGACUCUUGCCAGAGACUAUGCAGCUCAGGUGAACAAGUCUUUCCCAGAGAUAGACGACAAAAUCCUGGAGGAAAGAGACUGGCCCAGGGACUGCUAUGUGUUUGAGGGAAAAGAGAAGGAGCCCACGAUCAUUUACAUGCCACUCUUCAACAGACAGAACUGCAAAGAUGCAGAGGAGUUCAAAGCAAAGAUGGAAGAGUUCUCCACCUUUCAGCUUCCCUUUGGCCAGGAGAAGAUCGAGUUUGUGUUGGAGACGGCCAAAGCUAACAUGAAGAACAACAAGGAAACUCUGCUGAGGGAGAUCAACAAGGCCGUUCUCCGCCGAGAGAACAAGAGGAAGUCUGUACUCGCCAGAUCUUUGAUUUAAUCUUUUUGCUUUGCUGUGAACUGAGCUUUGUGGUUUCAUAAUGAUUAUGAGUAUACGUUCUCAGACAGACACAGCCACGGGAGACAGAGAAAACAUAAUAUGAACAAUACCUAAUCAUGUGAUGUAUGCAUGCCAUGAUGUCUGCUAAAAUAACUGACUGAAAGUUUAGAUAAAUGUCAGUUACAUAUGUGACAGUAUGUCUUCUUGAAGGUUUACUGUACUGCACAUACACACUAUUAUAUUAGCAUGAUACAAUAUAAUACCAUAUAAUACCAUAUAAUACCAUACUUCCGACUUUAUGACUUUGUUUUUGAGUAUCUUCAGUUUUACCUGACCUCACUAUCUCCAUCGCUUUGCUACUGAUCUCCCAAAGCUCCUGUGAGGCCUUUGCAGGAAGGUGUAGUUCUAGAGGCAGGUGCAAUAGAUUAGCUCCUCGUCCUUCACUGAUUGUUGGACUGAAGAGUCAGACAGAACAGAAAAGAACCUGGCUGAUUGUAACUUUUCCUGAAGCUCAUCAAUACAGCACUAGGACUGUGACAUGCCUGGUCGUGCUACAGUAUGUGUUAUGUUGAGGUCCAGGCUGGAGAGCCACCAGCUUGGCAAUGAAGUAGGCAGUUUUGAAGACGUUCACCAUCUUUUCUUUUACUGCUGCGUCCAUUCUGUCAAAAGCUGACUCCAGUGCUCCUCUUUCUGACUGAGCUCUUGCUCGUAGAGCAUCUUUAGCUGAUUUGUGUGCAGUCGUGAUUGCAUUCUCUUUGAUGCUCCUCACUCUUACGUUUUCUCCAGUUACCCUGUGGAACAGGCUGUUCCCUAUAUGGGCUGAGCUGGACAGCUCCUGCAGGUUUUGCAGUACAUUAACUGUGCCAUUUCAUCACUACUCAGUGAAAGGAAAUUUUCUUUUUUGUUAUCCUUCAUACAUCACAUCCUUGUUUCUGUGGAGAAGUUGAAAAUAAAGUCAUUUGUUCAUGCGUGACUGUUUUCUCUUAACAAUUUACAUUAAAGAUUAGAGAUGCUGCUUUCA